GCGCUAGAGCUAGAGAGAGAAACUAGAGAGAGAGAGAGAGAGAGAGAGAGAGAGAGAGACAGAGAAGAAAUUUGGAUGAACAAAUAUAAUUUGGAGGUGUGCUUAGACUGCUAAGGCAUGGGGAGGCAACCUUGCUGCGACAAACUGGGGGUGAAGAAAGGGCCGUGGACGGCGGAGGAGGACAAGAAGCUCAUCAACUUCAUCCUCACCAACGGCCACUGCUGCUGGCGCGCCGUCCCCAAGCUCGCCGGCCUCCGCCGCUGCGGCAAGAGCUGCCGCCUCCGCUGGACCAACUACCUCCGCCCCGACCUCAAGCGCGGCCUCCUCAGCGAGGCCGAGGAGCAGCUCGUCAUCGACCUCCACGCCCGCCUCGGCAACAGGUGGUCGAAGAUCGCGGCGAGGUUGCCAGGGAGAACCGACAACGAAAUAAAGAACCAUUGGAACACCCACAUCAAGAAGAAGCUCCUCAAGUCGGGGAUCGAUCCGGUGACUCACGAGCCCUUGAACAAACCUCAGCAAACUCCAUCCGAACAUGACCCAGAAUCAGAAGUAUCCUUGUCGUCAUCACUGGCGGACCAUACGUCCGAAUCGCCUGCCAACACCCACCAAACCAACAACACGCACGUGGACGAGUACAACUCGUCCUCGUCGUCCCCGUCGGCCUCCUCGUCCGCCGAGAACUACUGCGCUGGCGCGGACGAGUCGCUGGUCUUGCUCGAGUACAUCUGCGGCAGCGAUGAUCAGUCAUUCUUGAUGGACAGCUUGUGGGCGGACGAAUCACCGGCGGUGGGGGCCACGACCGCCAACUUGUCGCCGAACGAGAACCCCAGCUGCGACGUGGCGGGCUUGUUUCCGUCCUGGCCGGAGGAGAGCGAGAGCUUCUCGUGGUUGUUGGGGGGUCAAGAUUACGGGGUCCACGACUUUGGUGGGUUCGAUUGCUUCGGUGACGAUGGUGCGAUGAACAUACUCGAUGGCUUAGACUUAGAGACGGGCGACAAAAUAUUUUAGAAUGAAAACAUACGAUCAGACCCUGUGCGUGUGCGUGUGUGUAACGAGAAUACGUGAAUAUGUAUCAAUCAUAAUCAUCAUCUCCCUGUGCAUACGUUCGUACGUAGGAUUAUGUUCUUAAUCUAAACGUUUCUUAGGGUAAAAACAGGUGGAGUGUAGGUGGCCAAAGACCUAAGUAGGUCGUCACGAUGACUAGCAGGAGACAAGGACAGUGAUGGAAAACCUCGCGAAUCACUCAAAUGUGUGAUUAUUCUGUGAAUCAUGUACUAUGUCACGUCUUAAUCUAAAAGAUAAGGACAUGUAGGGAUUAUAAAACAUGCCACGGGGGGGGGCAGUGUAUAGGGUGGUCGUGGUGGGGUUUUUGGUUUAUGGGGAAACCCCUCUUUGUAUAUGUAGCUUUCUUGUGCACUGGAUCAAUAAAAUGAAAACAAAAACAAAAAGGGCAAUAACUUUUUGUGUAUCUUA